AUGCGGGCACCUAGCGGACACACGCGCGCGGGCCUGAUGGGCACCGUGCUGAGCUUUAGCCCGCGCGAGCGGCGCCCGCCUGCCGCCGCGCCGCCUCCUGACCGCGCCGCGCUCGCCUACUCCUACGAAAGACUCAACAACGCCAAGAACAGGGAGAACAGGGAGAUCCCCCGCGACGAGCGACGGGCCACUCUCGACGACGCCGCCAAGAUCAUCUCCGAAAAGACCGCUCUGGAGAAGAAUCUGAAAAAGCACUCGCUGUUCAUAAACGCCCUCUCGUGGAAGCGGUUUUCGACGGCCAACAACAACAAAAAGAAGUUAGAAUGCAAGAGCAAAAGUGUGGCGACGUUCCGUGCGCCGCUUACAGACAACGCGCCGUUAGACAGGAACAAAAAUGUGAGCGUGCAAGGUGUGUACGCGCGGCCGGCGCCGGCGCCCGCGCCGCUGCCGCCCGCCGCGGACGUAGCGCGCGCCAACGCGCUCAACAACAACGUGUGCUACUCGGAGAAGCUCCCGACAUCAGUCGUAGGGCCGGCGGUAGCUCCGCGGAAGACUGUCAUCCAGGCGUCGACGUCGGAGCUGCUGAAGUGCCUGGGCAUGUUCCUGCACUCGCGGUGUCACAGGCUGCGCGACUUCCAGGCCGGGGACGCCGUCAUGUGGUUGCGGACAGUGGACCGCUCCCUCCUUUUGCAAGGCUGGCAGGACGUCGCGUUCAUCAACCCAGCCAACGUGGUCUUCGUGUACAUGCUGGUCCGCGAGCUGGUAGACGGCGAGCGCAUCGCCCGCCCCCAGGACCUCCAAGCGGUCGUGCUCACCUGCCUCUACCUCUCAUACUCCUACAUGGGCAACGAGAUCUCCUACCCCCUCAAGCCUUUCCUCGUCGAAGACUCCAAAGAUAAGUUCUGGGACCGCUGCCUUCUCAUCGUCGAUAGACUAUCCUUCAACAUGCUAAGGAUCAAUUCCGAACCUGGGUUCUUCACUGAAGUGUUCACUGAGCUGAAGGCGUGCGGGGCCAUCGAGAGCCCUCCCCCCGCGCCUAACCACCCCGCACCUGCCCCGCCACACCCCCUACAAGCUGCCUGACAUACAGAAGUGGCAGUCCUAAGGCUGGCUCUCACAGACCGACCCAGUCGCGUCUGAUACCAGCUGUGGACUACCAAAAGUCUUGGUCAAUCGUCCUCUAUUCAAUCGUCCAUUCGAUUUCGGAAUUUGAAUUAGGACCAUUUGAGGAUAUUCAGGAGAUAUUUGUGUAGGAUACGUCUUUGGAGAAUGUUAGUGUAAGAUAUUAAUGUGAUGUAAAACAAUGUUGGAAUCGAUAAGGAUAAUAUUUAUGGUUGAAAUUGUUAGCAAAAUGUUGAUGCGAAAAGCAUUUGAGUGAUUUGCAUAACCUAUAUGCAAUCAAUAUGAAACGACAUGUAAGUAAAUCUAUAGAAGAAUGUGAUUUGCUCAAAACUGGUUUUACUGACCUAUUACAAGGAUUGACCAAGACUUGGAGUAAAGCAGCAGAUGAUAGAAAAGCCAGUUCGGUAAAAAGGCGGGAAAAUUCCUUAUUGUUAGGUAGAACGUGAUAAAAUUGAAAAUUAGUUCAGACGUCACAAUAAAACUUAUUUAGCGUCAAACGAAAAAAAAAGCAGUUUCGAUUUUCAAAUUGUUAAAACUAUUUCAAAUUUGUAAUAGAACCGUUUAGGUUGAGGACGUAACUCGUUACCUCUCGCCGCUGUUGUCGAGUAAGGGAUGUAGUACAUAGGAGUACGUCGCGAUACUUUGAGCAUCGGUGUUUCAUUCGUGGUGGAUUCAUGAAUAUUUAUACUGAAUAUGGUAAAAUGACUUCUAAGUUUGUAAUCAACAAUAUAACAAUGACUUUAAAUUAGUAGAGUUCAUGAGAACGAAAAAUAUAUUUACUUAUUCAUUUUACCGGCCUUUUAGGUAUAUCCGGUAUAUAUCACCGAUGCUGAAAGUCUUUCUGUGGCCUUUAGGCUUGGAAGUGCAACAUUUACACCGUGGUAAGCACUCACCUACCACGUUAAAUUGGUUGAUGAUGCACUUUAUAUCGUAGGUAAUCGUCUGGUGUUAUUUUCUUGAGCUGUCGUCACGUCAGCAGUAUUUUAGUCCAAUAGAAAGCGGUUAGUUAGUAAGUUAAGAGUUUCCGUAGUGAAAUGAGUGUAUUGCCAUAGUUAGAUGAUAUUAGCCAUGGUACAACAAAACGUUGAGUAUCAAAAGUCAUUAGGUAAAUUUAGAAAGAAAUGUUUUGAAUCUAAAAAAAAAUAAACAAGUGACUAUAUAAUCUGUUUUAUUGUACCAUGACAUUAGUGAAAGUGCUGGCAGGCGGGAGGAUGCAAUAAAAAGUAAAUAAAAUAAUGAAAAUACUCUCUGGUGAACCCUUCAAUGAAGUGUACGUAUUUAGGCUGAAAGCGGGGCGACUUGAGGCAAUGAAAAAUAUUAUAUUAAAAAUAGGUCAAAUUUUGCGGAUGAAUUAAGCGUUUUGUACAGUUAUAUCGAAUAAUUGAUACACUUUAAGUCUAUAGAAUAGUUUAGAGAAUGGGUUGAGGGCACUCGGUCUGUCGAUGGCAAAAUUGGAAACGCUUCAUAAAAUCAUGAUAAAUAUUGUGGAUGGCGCACUUGUAAACUAAACGCAGUAAAACUGUAAUGCUGUAAAAAACUAUAAAUAUUGUUUUUCUACACAUAUAUAGAUCUGAUAAUAGUUAUGGUAAAAUAAUAUAAAAACCUAACAUACCUUUCCAAAGAAGUAGGCAUUAUAUUAACCUCUAUAAAUAGGUAGGUACUUGCAAAACGAGGUACCUAAUAACAUCCAAGUCAUAAACGCAAAGGCUAUUAAAUGACUGUCAAUUUUUAACUGAGCUGCCUAAAUACGAAUUAAGUACAUUAAAAUAUUACAGUAGCUAUGUCUCAUCCAUUACUAGGAUAGGUUAGGUACCUACUUAGGUGACACUAUAGGUAAUGUAAUAGUUAGUGAAGCUUCUCUUUACAAAUAAAAAAAAAACUUUAUAAAGCCUGAAAUUGUAGGUAUCUAAGAUAAAAUCAUGUUCUAAUGCAUAGUUAGACAAUAUUUCAAGUCUAUAAAAAACCUAAUUGAUCUACCAUAAGUAUAACAAUAAGGUAAACGUUUUGAAAUGUUGAGAAGUUUUAUAAGAUGAAAAAUGUGUGAAAUUAAUUUUCAUUAAUUGACAAAUAGAAAACCUUGUAAAACGAUGCACUCUAUUAUUUAAUAAGCAAAGUUUAUGCCAUUUCGCUUCACUGUAGCUAAAAUAAUAAAUAAAAAGGAAAGAAAGAUGAAAAUGGAUGACGAGGGUCGAAAAGUAAAAAGUCGUUUCGCAGUAAAAUUCGAAAAAAAAAAAACACUAAUGUCUGGCAUUGCACCGA